ACUUAUCUAUCCGAAAUGUUAGAGCAAUCUGAAAAACAUGUGACUUGAACAAUUGAAUAUGCAGAUACGUUAAGUGAAUUAUUAUUUAUGUGUAAUAAGUGUGAAAUUGUCUUGUGAAGUGAUUGUGUAAGUUACCCAAAUGUUGCAAUUACGUAAAAUCACACACAGGACUUGUUUCUUCAUAAGCAGAACAGUGUACAUGACAUGUUGCUGUGGAUGCUGCUCCGCCCUCCGGCCGCGGUACAAGCGACUCGUUGACAACAUCUUCCCAGCGUCGCCACAAGAUGGCCUGGUCAAGUCCAACAUGGAGAAGCUCACCUUCUACUCGCUCUCUAGCCCGGAGAAGCUUGACAGGAUUGGGGAGUACCUUUUCCAGAAAGCUUCGAGGGAUAUUUAUAGGCGGAGACAUGGGUUCGUAAUAAUAGCGAUGGAGGCUAUGGACCAGCUGCUCCUGGCGUGCCACUCUCAGACCCUCAACCUGUUCGUGGAGAGCUUCCUCAAGAUGGUGCAGAAGCUACUAGAAUCCACUGAUCCGCAGUUGCAAAUUCUCGCAACCCAGAGUUUUGUCCGUUUCGCAAACAUAGAAGAGGACACUCCAUCGUACCAUCGCAGAUAUGACUUCUUCGUGUCGAAGUUUUCUGCGAUGUGUCACAGUAACCACAGUGAUAAAUCUACGAGAGACAACAUACGACUGGCUGGGAUACAGGGCCUACAGGGUGUGAUAAGGAAGACUGUAUCUGACGAUUUGGUUGAGAACAUUUGGGAAGCUCAGCAUAUGGAUAAGAUUGUGCCGUCGCUUCUGUAUAAUAUGCAGACUGCAGAAAAGUAUGAAACAGUGUCGUGCAUGGAGACAGACACUCGGGAUGGAUUUGAGGAGGAUCCGCCGCGCCUGGCCGAGGCGUGUCUGCGGGAGCUGGUGGGGCGGGCGGCCUUCGGGCAUAUACGGAGCGUGUUGCGGCCUGUGCUCACGCAUUUCGACCGACAUGAGCUAUGGGUGCCAAAUGACUUCGCCGUGCACACAUUUAAGAUUAUUAUGUUUUCGAUUCAGGCCCAGUACUCGUACAGCGUGGUGGAAGCUCUAAUGCAGCACUUGGACGUUGGCGCGCCGGGCAACGUCGACGCGCGCGCCCGCACCAGAGUGCGCGCCGCACGCGCCGCCGUGCUGAGCAACAUCGUGGCCAUCGCCGCAGGGGAUAGCGUCGGUCCAUCUGUAUUGGAGAUCAUCAACAAUUUGCUGACUAACUUACGCGCUUCUGUCGCUCGAGAUUCUGAGAAAGAAUCCGACGAAAGGCUAUACCAAGAAGCCCUUAUCAAUGCUCUGGGAGAGUUCGCAGACCACCUGCCCGACUUCCAGAAGAUAGAUAUAAUGAUGUUCAUCGUAAGCAAGAUCCCCAGCCAACGCGGCAAAAGCACCAAGGCUGAUGCUAUGCUGCAGAGCAUUUUGCUCAAGUCACUGCUCAAGGUGGGCACAACAUACAAAACAACAGAGCUAAGCAAGGCGUUCCCCGCGGCUUUCCUCGACGCACUGCUACGCCUGUCGAGCGCAGGCGAGCCGGCCACCAGGGCGCUUCUGCAGCGCAUCCUGCACACGCUGCUCGACCGCCGGGGAAACGCCACUGUCCUUGUCACUCCCACUGUGGAAUACGCAGAGUUGGGCCUAAUCGUGGAGAAAUGCUCGCGACCAGAUUUGAUUUUCAUCAGCAAGCAUGGAUACGCUAUCUUCAGUUCGCUGUAUGAUGGUCUCCAGCUGGAGUCCAACGUGGCGGAGAACGUGAGCGCCAUCUACACGACGCUGGCGCUGCUGUGCGUCGAGCUGUCCUCCGAGGAGACCGUCUGCGACAUGCUGCAGUUGAUACUGUCUAUCCAGCACUCCGCGAUAUCGAACCCUGUACUAUCGACGGCGCAGCAGUGCCAGCUGCACGCGAUCACCGCGGCGCUGGCGGCGCUCGUGCCGCACGUGCUUCUGCUGCCCCGCCUGCAGGAGUACAUCAACCAGAUAAUAGAAGCCCGUCGCGAAGAGGCCCCCCAUAUGCUGCCUCCGUUGCAAGAGAGUUACGAACAUCUGUCCCCCAGUAAGAUGCCUAACAAGAUGCCCUAUCUGAUGAUUGAUCAGAUGGCGCUUGGUGACUGUUUGAAAGCUCACGGUAUAGAGGCCAGUCGACUGCAGAGCGCGUCUCCAUACAGCGGGGGAGCCAACCUCGCGCACAGACAUAGCUGGGUUGAAGCCGGGGCAGCGCAAGGAAGAGACAGCUUGGCAGAUAUAUCGGCGGGCCCCAACGCCGAACUGGUGGACAGUGCUAACAGCUCGCCGGGAGUGCAGCGGCAUCCAUUGCAAUUAGAGAACGUGAGCCUGGAAGCCCUGCGUCGCGCCGCCAGCGGGCCCAGUGAGGCGGAGAAGCGUGAAGCGGAGCGACGCAAGGUCACCCUCAACAACGCCUUCCGCACCGCGCCCUUCGACCACUUGCUUCACUUGACACAACCUAAGUAUGAGAUAAAGGAUAAGUUGGAGGAGAUAUUCAACUCGCUAUCCGAGGAGCCAUUGCUGGCAGGCGCGGGAGUGUUGGCGGGCGGCGGCUCGCCGGGCGCCAAGUGCCACUCUCAGCAGCUGCCCGCAUACACCAAGUACUUCCCCGAGCUGUUCUUGUACUAAUGGCUGACGAAUUGAUGAAAAGUAUUAAACAUUAUGCUGCUACUUGCUUCGCAUAACAACACAAUAUUCGUAAUGCUUCCAAGAAUUAUUAUUGUAAUCGAUAAUAUAAUUUUUAAUUAUUAUUUAACAAUUAACUGAAUUUUGAUUUCAUAAGUAAUGAUCAAUAAUUAAAGUUGAUGAAUUUGAAUAAUUAUGUAUGAUUAAUUUCCUAUCGAGAAAUAUUUCAUUAAUUAUUUAAUUGUCAAAUUAAAUUUAAUUUUUUAUUUGUAGAAUUGUGAAGUUAAACAUCCAAUCUUCAUGUUGAUGGUUUGUUGAAUUAAAAUGUGGAAAAAUGGAAAUCAGUAGAUAUAAAUAACAAUGUUGAGGAGAAAGAAAAAUAUGGUAAAUGACAUGAAUAAAAGUGAACAUGGUACCACAAUAAUUUGUCUGUGUAAUAAUUAUGUGGUUUAAUAUAAUAAUGUGGUUUUGGUUGAUUAUAUUAUUGUGGUGAAAGUGAUAGAAAUGGUGACGAGUGAUGAUAUUAGUGAGGGUUAUACGGUUAAAUCCGUAAUUUUAGUUAUUAAUAAUAUUAUAGUCUUGAUAUGGAUGUUUUCACCAUAAUAUUAAUUAAAAAAAAACAAUUAUGGAUGUAUACUAUUAUGGAGGAUUAUUACUCGAGUUAAUGAUAUGAAAUUGUAUUUCUGUAUUUUUCUUCAUAGAUUACAUUCCGCAAUUUUAUGAUGUAAUACAAUGUAGCCUACCAUUUUUGAAUUUGAACUAAUUGCAAAAUACUGAAAUAGAAAAAUGUUCGCGCAGUUUUGUUUACCUCGCUUUGCAUGCACAAGAUCAUGACUAAGAACCCGUAUGUGUUAAAGAAAGUCGGGCGUAUUCCUACAAGCAGAUUUAUCUAUUUCAGUAUUGUAAAUCUACCAUGUUAUUAUAACAUCAGACAUGCCUUACUAUGGGAAAGAAAUAAGAUGGAAUCUAACAUUGCUUCUUUGCGAAAAUAUGUGUCAUCCCAAAAAUAUGUGGCGCAGUGGUAUGCGCGGUGGAUUUACAAGAUGGAGGACCUGGGUUCGAUCCCCGGCUGGGCCGAUUGAGGUUAUCAUAUUUGGUCCAGGUCUGGCUAGUGGGAGGCUUCGGCCGUGGCUAGUUACCACCCUACCGGCAAAGACGUACCACUAAGCGAUUUAGCGUUCCGGUACGAUGUCGUGUAGAAACCAAAAGGGGUGUGGAUUUUCAUCCUCCUCCUAACAAGUUAGCCCGCUUCCAUCUUAUAUUGCAUCAUCACUUACAAUUUGAGUGGUAGAGGUGAGAUUGUAGUCAAGGGCUAACUUGUAAAGAAUAAAAAAAAGAAUUACAAGAAGGAAUUACUAAAGAGUUUCUUUUUGGCGACGUGCGAAUGCAGAUUAAUAUAUGUUUAAAGUUGGUUUAAACUUGAAAGUAAUCUUGCUAAAUGUUUCGUAAUAGCACUUUAUAUUCGCAAAGUGGUUAAUAAUUUAAUUAGUCUCAUCUGUAAUACAUUAAUAGCUUUUGUGUGUAUGGAAUAGUGACCAUAUUGUAUCUCUAUUAAUUAAUCUUACAUUCCAAAACAUAUGUGUUCGAGAUAUUAAUUAAUGGAAUCUCUUAUAUUAUUAUAGCCAAAUUUUCAUUUACACAAUCGGUGAUAAAAUUUAUGUGCUAUUUAAAAAAUAUAUAAUAUGAUAGUAUUAUUAUUGUUUAGUCAAUAUCGAAAUAUAUUACAAAAUAUUCAUUAAUUUUAUUACCGACUGUAACAAAAUCAACACAAAUUAUAGCCUCGUGUUUUUUAUAAUUGUUAUAUUGUUAUGUUAAUGAUUUUAGUACUUGUAUACUGAGAAAUCAGUCUCUAGCUAUUUUUUAAAUAUUUACAACUAAGUAACUAAUAAUUAUUAUUGUUAAUCUGUCUCUUGCAGUGGUAGUUUAUUAGCAUCGCAUUCAAUAGCAUAUGUGCAUUAAAACAUAGUGACAUAGCAAUAAUUACACAAUUAUAGUGCGCGCAAGAUAAGUUUGCGCGUGGCCAAAAUCGGAACUAAUCAACAGUGUCGCCAUCUUAUCGUCUAUCUCUAUCUAUCUCUUGGCGGGUAAAAGAGAUCACUGACGCUGACAACUUAUUUACGCCACCGUCGCACGCAGAGUUAUCUUGCGCGCACUCUAAUACAGUUUUCGAUUGUUUGUGUUGUAUUAUUAAAUAUCAUUUCUUAAUUAUUUACCAUACAAGUGUAGUAAUUGAAACUCCGAGGUGAGAUUUAGAACAGCUAAGCCAAAGCUUUGAGUACAAUGGGGCUACUAUAUCUGGAUUACUUAAAUUUGGAACAACACAUUAUAACACUCAGUAGUGUCUAUGAAGCAUAAAACACACACAAAGCAUACUGUGUAAGUGUGAUGUGUUCUUAGUAAUCUAGACAUUCACAUAAAAGCGUUAUCGCAUCACCAAAAUUUGCGAAAUUACAUAUAAGCUAGAAUAAUUAUGUAAUAAUAUGUAAAUCAAUACUAGCGCUGCUCACAAAUGUGGACAGUUUAGGAACUAGCUAGUGGAGAACCGUACACGUCAAAGAGUUGUGCGCACUAAUCAACAGAUGUCGCUGCACAUUAUGUCCACUGUUGUGUGUCGCGUUAGAGAGAUGUUCGCCAGCGGAAUGACGUCCGCCCCUUUCCGCGUUUUCGGUAUCGCUUCUCGGCCUUUUGGCUAAGAUCAAAGUGUAGUAUCUGUUCUUUUCAGCUUAAUAUCUGAAAGUUCCCGCACUGCGGGACCAGUAUAUUAAACUGAUUUUUGUAAACCGACGGGAUGUUCGGGGCUCGCUCCACUCCCGUCACGGGUCGGCCCGGCAUUGCAGUGCCGCCGGGAUCGGCCCAUAUAUAAACCUUAACAAACGCAUUAAAUUGAUAUGCAAAUUGCAAUAGCUGUUACCACUUACCAGCAACGUAUGUAUGAAACAUGAAUAUCAUACUUCAUGUUAUUUUUAUGUUUACAAUAAAAUUUAAUGUAAUUAUUAAUUAUCUAAAAGUUAAUUAAAGAAAACCCGAGAUAAUUGAUUAAUUGCGAAGUUAAAGUUGGUGAUUAGUGACUACUUGUGACUUUUGACCUUGAAUAACUUUUUGACGCAUACACGAGAUUUUAUAAGAUUUUCCUUAUUUUACUGGUUUAUUAAUCAAUGCACGCUUGUAUGGUAAUUAUAAGGUAUAUUUUUCAAUUAUUACACUUUACGAAGUUUAAUGUAAUCAUGAACAAUUAAACAUAAUAUCUGUGCAAACCUUGGUAAUUUUUUUAUAAAAAGUUUGUGCCUACUAGACUGAUGAUUUAAUUUUACGAGCAAACGUAUUAAAAAAUAAUGUUAUCCGAUUAGCGCAAAUACCCGAAUUUUUAUUUUCUUACUUAAGGACUACAUAACGACCAAUUUCUGUAGAUGUUUAAUAUAGCCGAUGUAUCAAUAGUUACAUGAAAUAGCUUGUUUAUUACUAUAUAUAUAAAAAAAACUGAAUAGUUUUCAGCGAAUAGUAUUUUAGAUUUAGGGAAUAACUACACUUAUUCAGCGUUCGACAACAUCUAACAUGCAUAAGAAUGCCAAUUGAAACACAAAUAAGAAAAGUAACGAAAUGAUUUCACCUCUGGACAAAAGGUGAAAAGUGUUGAAUAUUCGUAAUUAGUCCCCAAUUACCUAGUAAUAAACAUGAUAAUAAGCUCAAUCAAAAAGUAAACUGAAUAGUAAGGGCGCAUUGAUGCGUUCAAAACGACCUACGUUUUACUAUACACUCGUAAAGCCUUAAUAGCUCCGAGGUUAUCAGGCCAGAUUUAAACCAGAGACCCCAGGACUUGCGUUUAGGCGUUUGGGAUUGCAGAAAGAGAAUUGACCUGUCACAUGGCUACCGGGGCAGGUUCGAUUAUCGUCCGUUAGGCUAUUGUCAUGUCGAGGCUUCGCAGUCUCUACGGUGGGUUAAUAAUAAGAAUAUUGAUUAUUUUUAAUUUAUAAACAAAAUCGCUAAAUGGAUUUAUAAACGGACGCAUCAGUGCGGUCACACUUGUGCGCUAUUACAAUAAUCAUCUUAAGCUUGAUGUUACAAAAUGCAUUUCUAAUUGACCUUCUACUGUUGUUAUCUACGUACUUAAUGUUACAUACAUGUAAUUAGGUUGUGUUCAAACAAUAAACAUGAUUCGGACUA